AUGAGCACCGCCAAUCAGCAACUCUUCAACGUCCACACCUGGCACGACCUCGAGGACGCGUCGCCGCCGCCGUAUGAAAAGAAGGAGCGUCUGCCGCCGUCAUAUCACGAACUCAAGCGCGCCGAUCGUCAUGCGGCGACCGGAUGGAAAGGCUCCCUGCGUCGCAUGUUUCCCGUCGAGCGACGCUUCGAGACCGUUACGCUAGGCAAGUCACUGCCAAGCGCCCGACGCACCACUGCCACAGGAGCGAUGACUACUGGGGCGUUAUCAGGUCGACAUUUUUGA